ACAAGGCGUCGCUGCUCUUUAACGUCACGUCUAUUCUUGUGAAAAGAACCUCGUGAAAAUGGCAGACACAAAGCUGUAUGAUAUUUUAGGUGUUAAUAAGAAUUCUUCAGACUCGGAAAUUAAGAAGGCCUACUACAAGUUGGCUAAGGAGUAUCAUCCAGACAAAAACCCAGAUGCUGGAGAAAAGUUCAAGGAAAUUAGUUUUGCCUAUGAGGUUCUGUCAAACCCAGAGAAGAAAGAGACAUAUGACAGAUAUGGUUUACAAGGCAUUAAAGAGGGUGGUGGUGGUGGACCAGGAGGAUUCCCAGGUGAUAUUUUUGGUGACCUGUUUGGAGGGAUCUUUGGAGGGGGAGGAGGGCCGUUUGGGAUGGGGGGAAUGGGUGGUCGACGAGGAAGACGUAGAGGAGAAGACACCCAUCAUCCACUCAGGGUAUCACUGGAAGACCUAUACAAUGGAAAGACAGCUAAAUUACAGCUUAGUAAAACGAUUAUCUGUUCCAAAUGUAAAGGAGCUGGAGGUAAAGUUGGAGCAAUGCAGAAAUGUCGGACAUGUAAUGGCCGUGGUGUCAAGAUCACAAUGAGACAACUGGGACCAGGGAUGGUACAACAGAUGCAGUCUGUCUGUCCAGAUUGUCAUGGAGAGGGUGAAAUAAUAAAUGAAAAGGAUCGGUGUAAAGAAUGUAAGGGAAAGAAAGUGACAAAUGAAACCAAAAUCUUGGAGGUCCAUGUGGAUAAGGGAAUGAAGGACGGCCAGAAAAUCACUUUCAGAGGCGAGGGGGAUCAAUUGCCGGAUAUAGAACCAGGUGAUGUGAUCAUUAUCCUACAGCUAAAGGAGCAUGAACUUUUCACACGCAAUGACAAUGACUUAUACUGUACAUAUAACCUUUCACUGACUGAGGCUUUGUGUGGUUUCCAAUUCACAUUAAAACACUUGGAUGCGAGGGACCUAGUUAUCAAGAGCCCGCCAGGUGUUGUUGUUAGUCCAGGGUCAAUACGAUGUGUCAUGGGGGAGGGAAUGCCCUUCUAUAGAAACCCUUUUGAGAAGGGGAACCUUAUGGUGAGGUUUGACAUAACCUUUCCACCCCAGAACUUUGCCCCUCCAGAAGAUUUACAGAAACUAGAGAAGUUACUACCACAAAGACCAAAGAUAGAUAUUCCAUCAGGUGAAGAUGUGGAGGAGGUCAAUCUUGUGGAGUUUGAGGAGUCCCGUGGUCAUGGCUCUCGGAGGGAAGCUUAUGAUGAUGAUGAAGAUGAUGAUCAUCACGGACAUGGACCUCGGGUUCAGUGUGCACAUCAAUAACGACAAGACACUUUAGGAGAACUUUUUUAACCUUCUGUACCGGGGGGAAAGUUUUUAUCCGUUCCUGAACAAUUAGGUGUUGCUUUUUCAUAAAUCUGUGAAUAUUUUAUUACAACUUGAUUAUUUACCCACACUUAUGAUAAGCAGUGAAAGAUGUUUUUGGCAUGUCCUAAGCCUAAAGGAUUUUCCAGAAUAUUUGGAUGUGCUUUGAUUAUUCAUACCAAAUUGAGUGUUUUGGAAAACCCUUCUUUCCAGUUUUUGUUUUAGGGUUUUCUCCUGUGAUAUACAGCUGAGUUACUUCCCCUGCUGUCUAUUUAAUAUGACUAUAUAUUUAGUAUAUGUAAUAAUUGUUGUAUUGAGUUUUGUCAUGUGAGCAUUGUUUUAGCAUGGUAGGCACUGGUUUUUUUUUGGUACAUUGAACUCAGUCAUUAUCAUGUUAGUUUGUAUUAUAUGAUCAUAAGUGAAAUUAAUUUAUGUACAAGUGUACCUGCACAUUUUUUACCCCUCAGGUUGGGUAAAUUGGCUGCCAGACAAUGCUAUUUUAUACAUUUACUGAGUAUCCUAACGUGAUUUUUCUACUCUUCCCAGGCUGAAUUAUAAGAUAAUUCUGCGUCACAUGAAAUGAGAUUACAUGUGCAUUGUUAUAGUGUCCUAGUGAUUUGUAAACAUCUGUGGAUAUGGGUUUUAAUGUUGGAGCAUAUCAAAUUACAAAUGGAUACACAUAAUGAAAGUGAAAGUAUUUAUAUGCACAAAAGGAACUAGAUAUAUUCUAUGGGGAACAAAGACCUACUAGCAUUUUAUCACCAAUUCUUUUCAGAAUUUCCAUCAUAAAUACAUCUACUAUCCCAAAAAAAAUCAUUCCUUAAAACAGAAAUCUUUUUCUUUUGUAUUUGUUGGGCAAACCAUCACAACUGAUCUGACCAUUUUCUCCCAAUCUGUUGGCAUGGAAAAUGAAAAACAAUUUAUCCAGAGUUGUGAAACAUGGUAUUAAUUGAAAAUUUUAAUAAUAUUCCAUAGUAUGAUAAGGAUGUUGCAUUAUAUUCCAGCUUCAAUUUUUAUAAAUGAAUCCUAGAAAAGGACCUGUGCAUUUUGUGUCAUGAUAUAUUCUAAUUGUCCAAUGUAAAUAAAUUCUUCUGCUGGACACUUAUGAACAAGUGUUUUAUUUUUCAGUUUUGGUUUUUUCUUUUCCAAGUGAUAUUCAUAUGAACAAAUGAUCCGUGCACAAUGUGGAUAUAUGGUUUAUUAAUGUAGAUCAGCCCAGGUCUCGGAGCUAUGUCCAAACCUUUAUACCUUAGUAGCAGUAUAAGAAGUAUACCAGCAGUCGAAAUCUGCUUGUCAUACCUGGUUACUGUAGGGUUAUAAGACAGUAAGGUCUAUAUCAUGACACGGUGAGCAUGUACUGUAUGUAGUAUGGAAGGCAUGAGAUUUUGACCUUGUAUGUGGUCAUGCAUUUAAACAACAAUAUGUCAAAGUCUAUACACUGUCUGUGUGGACUUUGUAGAACAAAUAAAACAAUCUUAACAGAU